CUUAGGUAUGAAAGGAGAUUUGCUGGUAGGGUUAAGACCAGAGGGUUUGAGGGGUCCACAAGGUCCCUGGCGAUUAGUCUUUGUUUCUUAUUUCUUUACUUUUGAGAGGGACCCUUAGGUAUGAAAGGAGAUUUGCUGGUAGGGUUAAGACCAGAGGGUUUGAGGGGUCCACAAGGUCCCUGGCGAUUAGUCUUUGUUUCUUAUUUCUUUAUUUCAAAGGAAGAGAGAAAUAUUUCAUCCCUUAGUUUCCUUCCCUAGUGCCCACAACAGCUGGAACUGUAUCUGAAGCCAGGGCCUGGGAACUCAAUCCAAGUCUCCUAUGUGAGUGGCAGGGAUGGAAGUACUUGAGCCUUCACCUGCUGCCUCCCAGGGUGGAUUAGCAGGAAGCUGGAAUCAGGACUUCAGCCAGGACUUGAUCCUGGGCACUCUAACAUGGGCUGUGGGGAUUCCAGCAGUGGCUUAGCCACUAUACCAGAAGCCAUUCCUUGAUUAGUCUUCCGUUCCCUCCUUCACAGGGUGGCUGGCUGCUUGGGAGGGGUUUGCAUCACCACUGCUAACAGGGCCUGCUGCAUAAUUUUGUGAGCGCCUUGUUCCUAAGGCAGGGAUAAAGUGCCACUAAAGGUACUAAGUCAUAAAGCUCUUUCCUUUCUCCCGCAUACCUCCUUGGCUCAGCCUCAUGUUCUUUGGACUCGCUUACAAACCGAGGAUUUUGAGUCACCACCAGCAGAGGUUUACACCCAGUGAAGGCCCUUCUGAGUACCAGCGCUGUGUGAUGGCUCCUUUGUGACCAUGUAGGCUGCGCCCGUGAGGUUGGCCUUGGCUGCUGAGUAUAAUCCAUUGGCUGUGACUGUAUAAGAUUACAUUGUAUUCCAACAUAAGCGGUUGCUAUUUUGUAUGAUAAUUCUGAUAUUUCACCAUUAAAGCAAUGCUGCAGGGAGCAACGUGGAUUAUCCAUACCAGAGCAUUCCUGGAACUGUUUUGAUGACUUGUGUUAGUUCAGAAUCACUAGGUCUUUGCUAGCAUUCUGCAGUAGGCAAUGGCAUUGCAGGCCAGCUCUCUCCCUAGCACAAGGCUGACCGCGUUGAAAUUUACACAGGUGUUGAACAGAUCUCCGCACCUGCAGUGUGGAAAAGACUAGAGCAGUGCCCUCUUGUGCCUGACUGCCCUUCUUUCUGCCUCUUUGCUUUGUACAUUAUUAAAUGUGCUCUCAAACCACUAGGACUCACAGCUGAAAAUAAAGUAGGUUGGUGGACAGUCACAGACAGCACUGUCCACUCACCAGGCCCGGGUUGUUUCUCCUUAAGCACUGUACCAGAUGCCCUACUCCACCCAUUAAUAACUCUUGUCCUUUCCGAGUUGUUAGCUGUGUCAUAAAAUUUCUAGAUUUCUGAGGGGUUUUGUAAAUCUUAAAGUAGAAGAUAAGAACUUUUGCUGCCAGUGUUUUGGCUUAGCUGGUAAAGCCGCCCCCCAUGAUACCAACAUCCCAUAUGGACGCUGAUUCAGAUUCCCAGAUCCACUUCCAAUCCAGCUCUCUGCUAAUGCACUUGGGAGGGCAGCACAAGAUAGCCCCAGUGCUUGGGCUCCUGCACCCACGUGGGAAAGCCAGAAGAGGCUCCUGGCCAUUGUGGCCAUCUGGGGAGUGAACUAGUGUAUGGAAGACCUCUCUCUUUCUCUUUUCUCUUUCUCUUUCUCUUUCUCUCCCUCUCUUUCUGUAACUGUGCCUUUAAAAUAAAUAAAAUGUUUUUUUUUUUUUAAAAAGAACCUUUAACCAUUCAAAGAAAGCCUCAAGUAGAAAGAAGAAGAAUCUUGCAGACCCACAGUACUCACUGACCUAAAAUCUUGCCUGAAAUUCUUGUUGAAGUUUGCUGAUAUUUAUAAUUUCUGAUGAUUAUAAUUUCUGAUGAUCAUCAGAAAUGACACAUACUGACUUGUGUGAAGUGAGCUAGUAGAUAUUCUUGGCCUGUGUAAAAGUCACGUCUGCUAGUUUUACAAGAUGUAACUGCUACGCUCCUGAGCUACUCGAGAGCUGUUGGGUAGAGAUGUUAUUACUGGCAGAGUCGUCACACUGCACAGCCCCCAUGGGCAUCGUUACGCCCUGUGACUGGCAUUUCCAGGGCUAGUGCUGUGCACACUGGGGAGGCCUUACCCACAGGUGGUGUGGUGUCUGCACAAUGUCUGCAUGAUGGUUCUCCCUCAUUUGGAUGGCUGGUAGGGUUCUGUUAGUACACAGCCCCUCAACUUGUGACUUUUCAAAAUUGCUCAAGCACGCGUUUUUGAGUCACCUCGGAGGGGAACAGUUGGGGCCCUGGGGGAUUGAUUGCCCACUGUUCUAGAGACUAGAACAGACCUACCCUUGCCUCCUGGAACUUUCUCUGAGUUAGAAACCUCUUAGAGUUAUUAUAAAUCCUUGAAAUAUUUUAUUUCAUGGUGUAUCUUUAAGCAGAGGUAUCUUAAAUUAGUGCAGCAAUCAUAGACUUAUUUUUAUUAUAUUUUUAUUAAGUAGGAGGGAGGAAAGCAUUGUUGGUCAGCGCACAUGGUGCUUAACGUGGAAUCUGGAGGUGGAGAUGGUGUUUUCUUACUUCAGAGUUUGUGAUUUCCAACUCUUGCCAAGGGUAAACACUAGAAUUAGGUCUAGGCUGUGGUUCUAGCUGGUAUGCCUCUGUUUCAAAUUUCAUCUCGCUUCUGCUUGGCAUCAAGAUUUCCAGCUUUCCAAGGCUGGCCGCAAAUUCAAAUCAAGUGUCUAAACCAGUAGUUAGAGGAAAAGAUCCCGCAGUGGUAAUGGUACUGCUAAAUGACCUAAAUACCCAUCCUACAUUUUUUUUUCCUGUCAAGAAAAAAAAAAUGGACACCUGCCAAGGCUGUGUAUGAGAUUCUAAGCAUGAUUUUCAUCACACUCUGCCCUGAGCAGUAGGGAGAGGAGAGCCUGCCUUCAAAAAUCUGUCUUGAGGUGUUCUGAAUUUCAGGACCGCCUUAAGUUGGCUGGUGGAUGCCCUCAAUCUAUGUUUCUUUGUAAAAAUUUUCUGGUGUUAUGGAUGGAAGAAAAUCAUCACUGCUCCCAUAAAUUGUUUUUAGAAAUUUAUUUAUUUGAAAGUCAGAGUUACAGAGAGAAGGAGAGGCAGAGAGAGAGAGAGAGAGAGAGAGAGCGAGUUUCCAUCUGCUGGUUCCCUCCCCAAUUGGCAGCAACGGCCAGAGCUAAGCCAAUCUGAAGUCAGGAGCCAGGAGCUUCUUCCUGGUCUCCACGCAGAUGCAGGGGCCCAAGGACCUGGGCCAUCUUCCACUGCUUUCCCAGGCCACAGCAGAGAGCUGGAUCAGAAGUGGAGCAGCCGGGGCUCGAACCAGCGCCCAUAUGGGAUGCUGGCAUUGCAGGUGGCAGCUUUACCUGCUACGCCACAGUGCCGGCCCCUGCUCCCAUACUUUCAAGCGCUGCAGCCAAAGCAUUUUUUUCAGUGCCUUACCCUCCACCUGUGCUUCAUUAGAAUUAAGCACAGAGUAAAGCAUUAGUGACUGUGAUCCUGCUGUGUGCCAAGGUUAUGGGCGCCUGUCUUAGCCCCAGCAACGGGAUCACCAUGCACCUUCCACCAGGGAGGGAUCCAGCUGCACGAUUCAAUCCUGAAGACAGACUCUCAGUGACCACUCCUGAUCUCAAUGCUCUUGGUCAAGGUUCCCAAGAAAGCAGAGACUGAGAUUUAAAAAAAAAAAAAGUGCUAAUAAUUUAUUAAGACGUGCAGUUUCAGGAAAUCCAAGGUCAAGAAGAAUGAGGUGGAGCAAGAGGAAGAGCCAACACAGAGGUGCACCACAGAGGUGUCCACGGCUUAGUAUCUACACGGCUAAUAAUUCAUUCCCUUGGGGUCAUCUUGCAAGAGGCCAUUUAAAGUGGGGUGGGCAUUUGACCCAGCAAUGAAGACUCCAAUUAGGAUGACCACAUCCCGCAGUAGAGUGCCUGGACUUAAGAAUGACCUUCAAUUCCUGAGAGCAGGAGUGCUUCGGUAUACAAUGACGUGAUGAGCUCUUCCAGCCAGAAGACACUGUCUCACUGUUGGCACCUCUGCUGGGGCCGCUCCUGCAGUAUUUCCUGGUGAAAGGACACAUAAAGCGAGGGUACAUACGCUGAUUCGAGUAAGAGAGUGUGCGUUUCAGAACCUCAGCUGAGGACGCCCCGAAAAUCAUUGAGCGUGCAGAAACCAACAACUCCCUCAUGUUAGUUGGAUGCUAAUUCAGUGUAAGCUGGCUGACUAUGCGCUCAACUGUGAGAGAGAAUAUGACUUAGUAACGCUUCAAAUGCUGCAAAUUUGUCUUUGGAGACUCUUCCAAAAGGAAGAUCAUGGCUACUGCACCUGCUGUGGCAGGUGAAAAGUCAAGCUCCAGUGACAGUGACAGUGACACUGAAAAUGAUAGCUCUGAAGCCAGUGAGACCACGGAGAGCGUGUCCUCUUUUGAUCAAUUUGAAGAAGAAGAUGACCUGAGCUCAGAAGGCAUCGUAGAAGAGCCAACUUCCAGGCAACUGCAGUUUGAAAUCAAUGAAGAGACACCUCCAGGAGCUGAAGCUACAGUUGAGAACAGCUGUCAGUUGGGAGAAUCAGGAUUAACUGAAUGUGGGGAAAUUCUAAAGAAACUCUCCAGGUACCUUUGGGCCCACCUGUCAAAAUCCGAGAGGGUCAGCUUGCUGAAAGACUUCGUUGAAUCUGAAUUUUUUUUGAUUGAUGGAGAUUCCUUACUCCUCACUUGUGCUCUCCAUGUGAACCUCAAGAUGGGGCAAACCCUCCACUUCUUCUACAUUAUGGAGCGGUUUCUGCACGACUUCAUUCAAAAGGAAGCCAGAUUUGUAAUCGUCUUUUUUAAGGAUGCAGAAAAUAUAUAUUUUAACUGCCCUCAUUUUCUGGCCCUUCGUACUGCCCUGAUUCAACAUUUAGAAUACAAUACUGAUGUCACUGUUCAUACUGAGUUUUCCAAUUGUUUGUCUCCAGAAUGGAACACAUUUCUUGAGGAAUGCUACCCGCAUUUCUUGGUCAUCUCAGAUGAAGGAAUAACCGCUCGACAAACAGAUUUUUUAAACAUUUUUAUCAUUCAUGCUCUUCAGAAGAAAAUCAAUAUAGUACAGCCCUUGGGGCUAGAGUCGGAUGUCCUUAGAAUUUAUGGAUACCAUACCUCAAGUCGCUUUGAGCACAGACAAUUCUUUGAAAUGCAUGAGAAACAGCUGCGACAUGCCUUACAUGCCCAUGUGGUUUUCCAAAAGUCACAGGAAGCAAGAAUAUCUGUGUGUGGUCAUUUGAAAUUAAAUGUGGAAGACCUGCAGAAAGAGGUGCAUCAAACCCUGUCCUUGCUUCAGGACCUGUGGCCACAAGGAGCUGAAAUCCGAGGUGUUGUCUGCUCCGUUUCAUGUUCGGUGGCACUAAAGCUCUACAAAAAAAUGUUACUAGAUUUAGAAGACCGUGAAAACCCAAACACAUACACAGAAAACUGUGAUACACAGGAUUUGAAGGAGGCACCCACACUCAGUGAAGCAGCAGACCUGUGCCGAAUGUACUGUCUCAGUGUGAUUUUCCUUCAGCAUUUACCUCUGAUCCAAAGAGCUAAGAGUAGAAUCAUUACUCAUAAAUGGGAUGCAACACUUUCUCCAUUUCUAAGAAUGCUAAAACAAUGUGAAUUUCUCAUCCUAAAACAAUUAAAAGUUACAAAUAAUUGGAGUGUGGAUUUCACCGGCCUCCCUGACUUAACUGAUAAUAUUUUAUGGAAAAAUAUUGCUUAUUAUUAUGAAAUUGAGUAUCACAGAGGACUGGACUUGGAAUUGGGUGACGCUCUGAUGCACGCAUAUCACAAGCUGUGGAACACAACGUUAGCCUUGUCAGAGGGUGGUGACUUUGGAGACUCCAUGCCCGUGAGGACAACUUCCAGACUGUUCCUUACACAGAAGGAAACAUUGCCUAAAGGAUCAAAUCAAGAAAUUCCCAAGCUUGGACUAAUUCCUCUGAAAUCCGAGGUUAUAGAAGAUUACGCUGGAGAUAUUUGGUCCGAACUACCUUUUGUAAGCAGUGAUGACCCAGCUAUCACCUGUCUUUCUAAGAAGAGAGAGUUUGAUGAGCUCAUACAUUGGCAUUCCUCUCAACCUCUAAGUGAUGAUUUUGAAAGGACAAGAAACAGCGAUAGUGCUAAAUCCAAAGAUGCCAAAGAAAGAAGAGAUACACAGAAACUGUAUCAUUUUUAUCAUGUGUUUGGAAGGUCUUUGGUAGGAAGUAACAGAUCAGUAAGGAUUACAAAAGCGGGCUCGCUGCCAUCUCCAGCAAAUUCUUCCAGGCAGAAGAAAAGACAACAUCAGAAGAAAAAUGCAGAAAAACUUAUUGAAGAAAAUCAAAAGAGACAACUAGCUAAACUAGAGAAAAAGGAGGAAGAGAGAUGGAAUAAUUUGUCUCUAUUGAAAAAGAAAUUAAAGAGAAUCUUCACUCUGGAAUCAAAAGACAUUAUUUUGUUUAAUCUUGAUAAUAGCCAUGUGAGGUCGUGCAAUUAUUUUACUUCAACAGAAGCAGAAUCCAAAGAUAUAAAUGUGGUAAUUCAGAUGAUGAAGAGGAUUCACAUACUGCACGAGAAAUACUCAGAAUUGUUACAGAAUACACACAGGCAAAAAUUAGCCAAAUAUCUAAAAUAUAUCGGGUUUGACAACUUGGCACACACGUUAUGUCCUCAGGGGAAGGAGUCAGGUGCUGGGAAGGAUAUUUCUAAAUACUCAGUUCACAUGGGAGCCGCUCGGUUUCAGUUAACGCACAUGGGCCCUUACUUGUUCCGAGAAGAAAGAAGUGAUCCAGAUCCCCGGGUGCAUCAUUUUAUACCGGACACGUGGCAGAGGGAACUCCUGGAUGUCGUAGAUAACAAUGAGUCGGCUGUGAUUGUUGCUCCAACCUCAUCAGGGAAAACCUAUGCCUCCUACUACUGCAUGGGGAAAGUCCUGCGGGAGAGCGAUGACGGAGUGGCCGUGUACGUCGCGCCCACAAAGGCUCUGGUUAACCAGGUGGUGGGAACUGUCUACAAUUUGUUUACUAAAGCACUGCCGAAAGGCUCAGUGGUGUGUGGAGUUUUCACAAGGGAUUACCGCCACGACACCUUGAACUGUCAGAUAUUAGUAACAGUGCCUCAGUGUUUGGAAAUACUCUUGCUAUCACCUCAUUAUCAGAAAUGGACAGAAAGAAUGCGCUAUGUCAUAUUUGAUGAGGUUCACUGCCUUGGGGGAGAAGUUGGAGCGGAAGUGUGGGAGCAUCUCCUUGUUAUGAUUCGUUGUCCCUUUUUGGCCCUUUCUGCUACUAUCAGUAACCCUGAGCAUCUCACUGAGUGGUUGGCGUUAGUUAAAGGAUAUUGGCAACGUGUUGAAAGCACAAUGGAAAAUGCUGAUCCAUCAAGAAAUGCCUUAAAAAGCUCAAAGAGACAACAACGAACAAGAGUAGGAAAGCCAUCGUACAAAGUUAGACUGGUGUGUUACAAAGAACGAUACAACGAUCUAGAAAAGUAUGUGUGUUCUCUAAAGGAUAACGAUUUUGUCAUUGCACACUACCACCCGUGCGCUGCACUCACAGUCAACCAUAUAGAGAAGUAUGGAGUCCCUGCAGACCUUCAGUUUUCUCCUCGGGAAAGCAUACUUCUGUAUGAUGCUAUGGUACACAUUUGGCCAGAACGGUCAAGAAUGCAGGAGUUAGAACCUGAAGAAUUCAGCUGCUUCAAAAAUAAAGUAGUCAUCAUGAGGACAGAUGCCAAGAAAUAUGAAGAGGAACUGAAAAAGGAACUGCUUAGUUGGAUGCAGCUGGACCCAGGCAAGGUGAAUCAGUUACUGCAGUACCUUAAGCCUCAAACUUUUGACAGUGCAAGAAUUGAAAAGGAACGAAUGCUUCCUUGUUUUGUGGAAAAACUUAAAGAAAUGGAUAGGCUACCAGCAAUAUUUUUUUCAUUCAACAUUCACUCAGUGGAAAGGUCAGCUUCACGCCUUCUUACUAAUAUGUUGAUGAGACAAUAUACUCGUAGUCACAACUCUGAAGGAGAGAAGAAUUUAAACAGGAAACUGGAGAAAGCAAUUAAGUCUCAAAGGAGAAUGUACGCUGCUUAUUUACAUUCAAAUUCAACUGCUCGAAUUCAGAGAUUGAUUUUAUGGGACGCUGAAAUAAAGGAAAUAAAGAAGAGUCUUAAAAAGAGUAAAGAAGUUCCUCCGGACUGUACUUAUGUUGAUCGAGCAGGUGUGGAUAGCAAGACUUUCAGGAAGAUUGUAUCCAGGCUGAGAUGGACAAGAGGAGGCUCUGGUCUGAUCAGGCUGUUACAGCGGGGCAUUGGCUACCAUCAUGGUUUAAUGGAGUACAAACAGAGACAAGUUGUUGAGACCCUUUUCAGACUGAAGCACGUCAAGGUAGUGACAGCUACAUCAUCCCUUGCUUUGGGAAUUAAUAUGCCCUGUAAAACCGUUGUUUUUACAGAAGACUCUGUUUAUUUGGAUGCUCUGAACUUUCGACAGAUGUCUGGGCGUGCAGGAAGGCGUGGAGAAGAUCUUAUAGGAAGUGUGAUCUUCUAUGAUAUUCCAUUACCCAAGAUAGACCGGCUCUUGAAGUCUGAUGUGCCCAAGCUGAAGGGUCAGUUUCCCCUAAACAUCACCUUGGUUCUCAGACUCAUGCUGUUGGUUGCCAAAGCAGAUGACAAAGAGGAUGCCAAAGCAAAGGCAUUGUCGCUGCUCCAGUAUUCCUUGAUGUCCUUCAAGCGACCAAAGGUCAAGUGCAUGUUAAAAUUUUACUUCAUAUAUUCUUUGCAAUUCUUGAUCAGAGAGGGAUACCUGAAUCAAGAAUGUGUUCCCGUUGGAUAUGCUGGCCUUGUGUCCCACCUGCACUACCACGAACCUUCAAACUUUGCUUUAGUAAGCAUGCUGGUGAAAGGUCUGUUUCACAAGCUGUGUGUUCCAGUCAUCGUAGAUGGCAAAAAGACAUUUUCUGAAGAUGUGAUGGAAACCUUGGUGGUGGUUUUAGCACAUCUUUUUGGAAAGAGAUACCUUCCUCCCUGUGCGAAAAAGUUUAAGAAGGUGUUUUCUCAUUCAAUGGUGUUCCUCCGCCAUCUUCCAGAGGACUUCGCUGCUGCAGUGAAGGAGUACAAUGCCAGGAUUCGGAAGAGCUUUGGUUCCUUCCUCCUGACCGUUUCUAAGCUGGCUGAUGGGAGCCAGGAAUACCGACUCCCUCUUUCAGAAAUAGACUUUUCAGGUAAAGAGCGUGAAGACUCUGAGCUGGUGUCUCAUCUGAUGCCCGGGACUGAGAGCAGAUCUGCUGUCUCCCCAUUUGCUUGCCUGUCCAAUAUCACGGAUCAGGAUUUGUUUGGUGUUCACAUGACAAAUGACGCUAUCUUACGAACACUCAGUGUGGAUGUCAGCAAUGUUCCUCUCCUUUGCUUGAACAAACGGGAUCAAAGUGGCCGGAAGUAUUUCUUGAACGCCUAUGCACUGGACUUCUACAAGCAUGGUUCCCUGUUCUCACUGGCUUCAGACAACUGGUUGAACAUGGGCGAUGCUUUUCACUUAAUCAGAGACUUCACACUGACCAUUCAGUCCAUCAGAAUUUCACUAAGUGAGCUGUGCGGUGAUGAGGAUGACAAUGUUGUGUUAGCAUUUCAACAACUGAGUGAUGCCUUCAGUAAGAAACUUUGGAAACGAAGAUGACGCUGUCUGUGUUAAACCAGGUCCUAGGAACUUCCUGGAAGAUGAAGACGGCUAAGAGCUCCCUGCACCUUAGCGCUUCAGGAAAGAGGCUUGCAAAUGGCUGUGCAGGAACCACCCUUUCCCAUAAGACUCUGAUAAGACACCCAGCAUUCCCUCGCUUCCCUGUGCCAAUGCUUGAUUCUCCCUCCAAAUUCCCAUUCAUGUCUCCCAAAAAAGCCAGCUGAUGUGUUUUCUUCCCUAAGCAAUCUGGACAUAAUAGCAGUUACCUUGACCUGCUCCUGCUUGACCUUGACCUGCUCCAACUUUACUCAGGAUUCUUCCCUCCUCACAGGGGUCCUGAACCGUGGCCCACCCUCAGACUAAGCCCCGCUGAGUGGCCUCUCCUUAAACAGCUCCCCAGUGACAUCUCAGAUGAUUGUCCCCGAGCGGCUGUGCUUGCACACAUCAGCUGUGACUGGCAGUGUCAGCCCAGGAUGUUCCCCGAGCCACUGUUCACCUCACUCUCCCACAGCUGAUUCUAGAAGUAAAAUACGUUGCCUAGCUAAAGUAUAGGUUGCGUAAUUAUUGAAAGACAUCAUAGCAAAGAAACCCUUUUUUUAAAUACCUGAAUUCUCAACAGAAUCUAACAUUUUCCUUCUAUGAGCAUUUUAGCAUGCAAAAGUAAUAUAUGCUAAAUAGCUCAAACAGUUGCUAUUUUCAAAUUAUUUUAAUUGUACUUACUUGUGGGCUGCAGUGUGAUAAUUUGAUAGAUGUAUGCAAUGACUAUUUUGGCCUUGAAAUGUUCAGAUCAUGAGAAUUUAAAACUAGAAGUCAAGCUCGAUUUAAAAUUAUGUGAUAACAGCCCUUAGAAGGGAGUUGGAAUCUUGACAUUGACUUCAGAAGUCUAAUUAUUGCUGAGAGUUCAUGUUGUACCCAAGUCCUGUAAUGUGAGUGCUCCAUUUCAUUCCUCCUAUCAGACACUUAGGCUCUGGGUACGUUCCCCCAUCCCCCCCGAGACCAGCAGGAGCAAGCACACAGGGACUAGACCAUAUGCUGUUGAAAAAGUCCCAUGUGGGAUAAGCACAGUAGAACCCUCACCAGGCCAUCCGGCUGGAUCGCCUUGCUCAGCCUCACCCACCACCGCUCCCGACCACCCUGGUGUGUUGUCUGCUCUGGCUGAGCCCGGGAGUCUUCUGAGCUAAACUCACCUGUCCCUGCCUCUGCUUUCCUUCGUGGCUGGAUUGUGGCAUCAGUUUGUGUUCUCUCCCAAAUCUGAGCUGAGUGUGUUGCUGACCUGCUGAAUUGUGGGAGACAGAGGGAAUCGGGCUUUACUGAUGGCACAAAGCAUUUGAGAGUCUUUGAUGCCGAUCUGAAGAAGUGAAGACAAAAACGUGGAGCGAUGGAUUUCCUCACAUUGCUUGGGCAACUGAUUGGCAUUACGCUUGGUUGUUAAGAUGCCUGGCGUUGUGGCAUAGCAGGUAAAGCUGCUGCCUGCAGUGCCAGCACCCCAUAUGGAUGCUGGUUCAAGUCCUGGCUGUUCCACUUCCAAUCCAGCUCUCUGCUAUGGCCUGGGAAAGCCGUAGAAGAUAGCUCAGGUCCUUGGAUGCCUGUACCUGCGUGGGAAACCUGGAAGAAAAUCCUGGCUCCUGGCUUCGGAUCAGCACAGCUCUGGCCAUUGUGGCCAAUUGGGGAGUGAACCAGCAGAUGGAAGACCUCUCUCUCUCUCUUUGCCUCUCCUCUCUCUGUGUAACUCUGACUUCCAAAUAAAUAAAUACAUCUUUAAAAAAAAGCCUUUGUCCCACCUAGUAGUGCUUUUGUUCAGUGCCUGGCUCUGGCUCCUGAUUCCAGCUUCCUGCUAAUGUGGACCCCUGGUGGUGGGGGUGUGGGUGGUUGGUGAUUGCUUAGGUAGUUAGAUCUCUGCCAUUCACAUGGAGAACCAACUUUGGUUCCUGUCUCUUGGUUUUUGUCACAGAUGGGAGGUCUCAGCCUGUCAGUUUCUCUGCUUCUCAAAAUAAAAAUUAGCAGGAGAUAAGUUGCCUUUAACAGAGUGUUGUCAAAUAUGCAUAUCUUA